AUGUCGAAAAUCCCACCCGAAAUCAUAACAGACAUUUUGCUUCAACUUCCGGUGAAAUCCGUCCUCCGAUUUAGAUCCCUAUCCAAACCAAUUUGCUCCUUAAUCGACGGCCCAGAUUUCAUCAAUCUGCAUCUAAACCAUUCAAUCACUACCAAAUCUAAUCACAGCAUCAUCCUCAAAGAAUGGGAUGUUUUCACCGUUGAUUUCGAUACUCUUUCUGCCGCGGUGGAGGUGAAACACCAUCCGCUUUAUGCCGGUGGUGGAACGGAGGUUAUUGGUUCGGUUAAUGGGUUGGUGUUUUUGAGGCAUUCGGAGAGGAAUAUUGCGGUGUAUAAUUUGUCUACAAGGGAGUGGAAGAAAUGUUAUGUGCCAGAGAUUGAGCCGCCGCGGCGGGAUUUGACAACUGGGUAUGUUUAUUAUGGGUUUGGUUAUGAUGCUGUUUGUGAUGAUUACAAAGUGGUGAGAAUGGCUCAGUUUGUUAGAGAAGAUGGCGGCGGCGGAGGUGAUGGUGCUGGUGGUUUGGGUUGUGAGUAUGAAGUUAAGGUUUAUAGUUUAAAGAAUGAUAAGUGGAAGAAAAUUGAGGGUUUGCCGAUCCGGCUUAGGUUAUUAAGCAAGCCCUUUUUUCAUAUUUUGCAUAGGAGAGGGUAUGGUGUUUUCGCUGGUCACGCUGUGCAUUGGAUUGCCCCUCAGAGGCGUCAACUUGGUAUUAGAGAUUGUGUUCUUGGUUUUGAUGUUAGGGAUGAUAAAUUUUUCGAAUUGUCGCAACCGGAUUAUGAAAACAAAGGUAUGAACUUUCAGGUUGAUGUUGGGGUUUUAGAAGGGAAUUUGUGUGUAAUGUGUAAUUAUGAUCAUGUUUGUGUUGAUGUGUGGGUUAUGAAAGAGUAUGGUGUGAAGGAAUCUUGGUCUAAGAUUUGUUCGGUUCAAGGGAUUAAAUGGAUGAGUACUUUUAUGUUUUUGAGACCUCUGGUUUAUUCCAAGGAUGGUGAUAAGCUGUUGUUGGAAGUGAAUGAUGAGAAGCUUAUGUGGUAUGAUUGGAAAAACAAGCAUGCUAAGGCUGUAAAGAUUCAUGGUGGACCGAGUUCUUUUGGUUCUGAAAUGUAUGUGGAAAGCCUUAUUAGGAUAAACGGUAGUGAUCGAGAUGGCUGGAAGAAGCAGGAAGAGCUAGAUGAGGAGGAGAAGAGGAAGGCAGAUAGGCAGAAGAGGGAUGAUUUCCUGUCUGUGGGGUUCAAACUGAAGUUGGUUGAGAUACUGGAGAAUAUACAUUUGUCUUGA